GUGGACUAAGACGCGACGGACGUGGUAGUGCCACUUACGGACUUGUAUAGACGAAUUACCAAGUAGUUUCUUGUAUAUUAUCUUGCCUCAACAUGGGCAAUGGGGUCCGCGUCCGUUUUCCAUGGAAUACCACGAACUCACUUGAAUCAAUCACGGGUACUUUACGGUUUGGUCGGUCAGCCAAUCUGGUUCGAUAUGAACAGAUCAGUUGUGGGUACUCAAUCGAUCACCGACCCAUCGGCCAUUCCUUCGAAUCCAUCUUUACCGGGUGACUUAUCUGCGGCCCAAAUACGCAUCAAGAUCGACCAUGCGAGCUUCAUGCAGAAUAUGUUACCCAUGCGUAAUGCACGGAGCCAAGAGUUUAUGGGAAAGCACGGAGUCUGGGUUUCAUUGGGAUCGGCUUCUAGUGAGAUCCGCCGAAGAUCAGAUCUACUGUUGUGCUUUGUCCUUGAUUGGAAGGCAAUUGCUGUGUUGGUGCAUAGAUCGAAUCAUAAAAUAUGUCAGUGUGCGAUAGUUUGGGUGACAACCUGCUUCUUUCGUUCUGGGUCAACAUGCUUGUUGUUUUGUUCUCCGGACACCUAGCAUCGUCUCUACACCCAUCCCAUGAAGGGAACAGAAGAUAGAAACGGGGGAUAUUUGCAAUGGCAUUAAUGACAGACUCCAGCAACAAUGUCAAUCACCAUUCUGGGCGCUCUUUGACUCUAGAAAAGGGCGAAGUGACACCUCGACCUUCGGCAAAUGCCACCCCCAAUGGCGGCCUUAUAGCUUAGUUGCAGGUUGUUGGGUCUUUUAUGGCUUUCUUGAAUACAUGGUACAACGC